AUGCGAUUCUCUCGCCGAUCACCAAAGAACAUACCAAUCCCAACGUUACCGAGCAUACUCACCUUCUUCCCCGUCGAUGACAAGCAACCGCUGGGUAAGGCACCAACAAACGAGCGGGUGGAGAGUGGUAUAGGAUACGGACUGGAAGUGGUUCCGAUCGAGCGGUGUAAUACCUCUUGCGGAAAGACUGUUUCGCCAGAUCAUGAACAGAAAGAGGUGCUGUACACGUCGUUGACACAUGUGAAUACACAAACGAAACCGCUACCUCCGCUUCCGAAAGCUGCUUGGAAAGUUUCGGCAAAGGGCAAGUGGUACCGCUUGUCAGUGAAGCGGCGUAUCUUCGUGCUGUUAUGCGUGCAGUUCGGUCUGUUGUUGAUCAUAUGCCUCAGUCUCCUAUCCAUCAAGCCACGCCUGACUAAACGGGAUCCAAGCGAAGCGUCGGACGGCUCAGUGACCUCACCGGGCCUCCCUCUCGGUCCUACCAUUCCCGACGGGCCUUUCGUCGUCAAGCUUAACACGCCUCGCCAGCAGAGCUCUGCUUGUCUUGCUGACAGCGAUGACGCCGAUGCAUGGACGUGCACCUCCGACGCAGUGCUGCAAAUCGCAGCCUCUUCCUCCGAAAGUCCCCUAAACCAACCGACUCUGUCCAUUCGAUCGACGAACAGCACGGAUCCAAACAGAUAUGGAGAGCAGGCUCUUUCCAUCAUCGCACUGCAAUUCGAUGAGACCUAUGCUACGGCCCACUCGGGGGAAGAGCCGAUAUACCGCUUUGAAGCACUGUACGAUCGCACCGUGCUACUGACAGCUGCCCAACUGUCGUUCCUCGGACCAUCUGAGCAGAACGCCGGACGAGCGAUACGAGCGACGACGUCACCAGAUGACAAACCGUGGCUGUGCCACUUCAACAAUACCAUUAUGGAGAUCUUCGUCUACGUGUCUCAACAUGCUGCUGCACCGGACAAUAGCACGUAUAGCGCAAAAGACAACAGCACAAACGCCACGCCACAAACGCCUUUUCCCUACGUGGUUCAAAUGUCCGAAAUAUAUGGCCCGAACGGCACGCGUGCCUACUGCGAACAGCAAAGCGUGUCGGAUCGCGGUGAUUUGCGCAAGAGCGAUGCGCCAAAGUACUUCCUCAGUACAGCCGACACUUCGAAGAUCUACGAUUCACACGCCGACAGCGAUCAAAAGGCGCAAGCAAACAUGGCGGAGAGCGCUUGUCAAUGCCAAUGGAUAGUACAAUGA